CUCUACUCAAGGCAAAGAAUGCCACAUCGACCCCAGAAGUAUGCUAUAAUGCUACUAGGAUGCCACAACCGCCGGAGCUUUCCCGUGCUACGUCACUUCCGCGCGCUAUCAGUCCAGUUUCCCCAGGCUGAGGACGGGCUACUUGCUAAGGCGCUGGCCUCGACAUUUCAGAAAUACCUCCGCCAGAAAGUUAUCUACGACACAUCACCGGCCAAAAGGUUGUAUCCAACGUUGAAUGACGCUCUAGUGGCGGUUCUCAUCGACAAUGAGGCGCGCCGGACGCCGAGCCGUAAGUUUGCCGCCGACAUGACUCACUGGGGCUUCUUUCGUUCGCCCAAGGGUCUUCCCCCGUCGCUAGAAGUGCUCGUUUCGUACAUUCUCUAUUGCGUGCAUUAUUGCUGUACCCCCUCUGCGAUUUCCGCCACGGUUGAGGCGUCCGCACAGCGCGUGACGGAAAUCAUGGACGACAACCUUUUGCUCAUGGCACAGGAGUUUUUGCAAGAAAGCGCCUCCUGGGAGGACAUCAGAUCGGAUCCAAGCCAGGCUGUCUCCCUUGUAUCAUUCUACAAAUACCAAUCCAGCGAUGUGUUGGUGGACUCCCGCGAGCUCCCCCCACCCUUCCUCCGCACACUUCAGAACUGCAUCGCCGUGUUCCAGCUCUUCUCGCCAGCACCCCCUCUGUUUACGAGCCUUAGCGCGUGGAUAGCGUCGAUCACGGCGCCGACCGUCACAGCCGCGUGCAAAAGACUCGCAGGAAUGACAGACAUUCCGGCCUUUGUAAUGGUUGACAUCCUCCAGCGCAACGCCAAGUCGACGCUGGAGCUCGAGCUCCUCCUCCAGAUCUACGAAAUGCACGCCCAGGAGGUCCAUCUCGUGUUUGAGGUAGAAAAACCUGUGCUUGUGAAUCUAAUCCGUUCGUGCAUGCUUUACAACUCCCGGCGGGCCUCCAAGGUGCUAUCACACUACCUCCCGCUCGUGGACGCCUCCAGUCCCGCCCAGCGCCAGUUUCUCAAUGAGUUGAUGUACGAGGCGACCAAAACGACGCCGGCCAAUCCCCAUCCGGGGCUCCCAGCUCACGUGUUCGAGGUUCAUCAGGCGAUUGCCAGUAUUCUUGCACAAAAAUCCGUGGCCCCGCUUGCGGUGGAAGGGUUUUUGGGGUUGACCACAUCCGUCGCUGCCUAUUCCCACACCCAGAGCGCGAAAUCGCUCGGGUAUUGUGAGGAGCUCAUUGCGGCAUCGCCGCAAACCCCGCAGCUAGACGUGUACUACCUCGUCACCAAGCUCAAAUCUAGUGUCACCAUCGACGACGUGAUUAAAAACUUCCAGUUUGCAUCCGAAUACAACGGAAAGGCAUACCACAUGUACCCUGAGCUCUGGAGUGAGUUGGUUGCGCAGUUGGCCCGCUUAGGCCUUUUGAACCGAAAACGGGCAGCGAAUCUCUUGCAGCAGAUUGCCGACCUCCGAAUCGCCAUCCCGUCCACCAUGCUCUCGAAACUUCUCUCCCGGCUCGUUGGCUUCCAAGAAAUGGACAACCAUGUGCAGCGUUUAUAUCUCCCUGAAGCAUCCGUCGCGUCGUACCUUAUCCGCGCGUAUACCGAUUGCAUUAGAAACACCAACGGGUGUCUCAAUGAGCCAUACCGGCAGUUUGCGUCGUUCUUGGACUAUACACGGUACCUCUACCGCUCGAUCGUGGCGCCCACCACAUCCCAUAUCGGCAUGAUGCUUUUUGGGGAGAUGCAUUUCCAGCCGGAGCGCGUGUUUACUCUUUACGAGCUGGAGUACGCUAAGCAUGGCGCUGAGUUUCCGGACGAGAGAGCCCUCUACGUGCUUCUCUCAUGCGCCUCCCGCAACAUGAAGCCGAGGGUCGGUCACCGCGAAGAGUACGACAGCAACAAACCUCACGGGAUGCUUAUGUGGGGUGACAAGUACGCCGUCCAGGUUGCCAUGGCCGAGUUCAAGCGGAGCGUGAGGACCAAGAUGGAAAAGCUGGAGCGCUUGGAAGAGUGCCCGAACGACCAUUUGGUUUACCCGUCAAACAACCUUUGGCGAGCGUAUCUCGAGGUGUUGGUAAAAUUUGGGUACUCCGAGGAGCUCACGUACGUGUUAUCGUGGUGGGAAGACCUAGAAUUUGUCCCCAGUGAGCACAAUCUUGCGACGCUUUUAGUGGCGUUGCCAGAUGGCCAGGCCGAAGCUCUCAUCCGCGAUGUCGCCAAGAACCACGCCGUACCAUCCGAGGUCGGCGGAUUUUCAUUAGCUCUUUGGCCAUGGCCCACCGUAGCCAUGCUAGAAGCUUUCCGACUGAAUGAAGGACGUGGAUGAAGGCACACAUUUGUAUUUACGAAUAGACCCCUCCUGCAUAUAGAUAUACAAAUAAUACCAAUACAUCUGCUAAGGCCUGUGAAC